CGGGAAGCCGAUGUUAGGUAAGUCGUGCAAUCUGUAGCCUCACGUAGGGAAUUUAUGCACGAGCAUUUCUUCAACGACCGCGAGUGCAAUCGGAUUCUCCGGGCGAGCGCGGACGUUUUCACCGGAUCUGCGUAGCAGCCUUGGUUUAUCCGUACGAAUCCCAACCCCUCUUAAAAAGUCUGCACCCCGAGACCAAUCGGGAUUUGCCGCCCCUAUUUCCACCCCCGCACAGCCAACGAGCGACGAGUCCGGCACUUAGGAGGACCAAUGGCGUCGGUCCCCUUAACAACGAUGGUGCACACCUCCAAAAUGGCUGCGAAAAUCGGAGGAUCUGAACCGAGGAAAGCCCUAGCGUUGAGAAUAAACGGACGGAUUAAUUCAGGGGGGAGGCAAGGGACUGCAGAAUCCCCUCGCCGAAGAAGGUGUAUCAACUAUCGGAUCAUUCGGGCCACAGAGCGACGUCAAGCGUCUUCACGGUAGCAUGCCUCCUCUCUCAUCGUCGAUAUCAGUGACGGUGUUUAAGCGAACAAUAUUUGUGCGUUAUUAACAAGUGGCUGUCGUUUUAUGUGAUAAUAUAUAAAUACAUACGUAUAUAGAUACAUAGGUGUACGUAUAACUAAUUGCGAAUCUACCAGCAUCCAGCUAUUCAUGACCACGAUGCAAGAACACAAGUCAUUUCUCAUACGCGAUCUUCUCGGCGAUGUGUUGACAGAGCGUGUUCAAGAUGAUUCCGAGGACGACUCCGCCCUGCACUCGGAUUCCGAAGACACGAUCGACCCAGGAAGCAGUCCUUGCACUCGACUUGGAAGUCCAGCAGCCCUUUCGCCGUCUCCCGGUUCAGCGUCCUCCGGGAAAGCUUGCGUGGUCGGGACACCCGGUGGCAGAAAACCACGGAGAAGACGAACCGCGUUCACCCACGCUCAGCUCGCUUAUUUGGAGCGGAAAUUUCGGUGUCAAAAGUAUCUAAGCGUCGCGGACCGCAGCGACGUGGCCGACGCGUUGUCCCUUUCAGAGACGCAAGUCAAGACCUGGUAUCAGAACAGAAGAACAAAAUGGAAGAGGCAGAAUCAGUUGAGGCUCGAACAGCUUCGCCAUCAGGCGACGGUCGAAAAGGAGCUUUUGGUGCGCGGAGUCGGCCUCCACCACGGAUCCAUGGAGUCGUAUUGCCCACCCUACUCGCAACAGCAAUCGUCCCCCCAUCAUCAAGCACCGCAGCAGCCGCAACCGGUAUCGACGGUGUCGACGGCCGCCUUCCUUUCGACGGCAGCGGCGCUUUUUAGAAACGUAACGUACGUUCACGGGUGUCCUCUCUAACCCUCGCACCCCCGAAACUUGCGGUGUGCGGAUUUUUAAUAUCGGUUACUCGAAUCGUUCGACUCUGUUAACUCGCGAGAUUAGCUUCGUAGGGUUAUAUUAUUAAUUGCCGUGUAAGAUGGUGAGAUCUCUUUCCGCGUAAGCGGAUCCCGGUACUGUUUUAUACGGUUUGCGAUUCGAGUUGUACGUAUAUACAAUUUUUUACUAUAUGUAUGUACAAUGUACAUACGACGCAAAACGCUGUAUCGAUCGAUCUGUAGUGAUUUUCAAGUGAUCAAUAGCUGUGUAAAUUAUUAUAUACAGUAUAUAAUACGAAUAUACAUUUCGCGUAGUAUGAAUGGUAUGUAAAUAUGUAAUUAAAAGAAUCUAGUUGUUCUAAUCUAAUCGUCAUAAGUUAAUUUUUAAAUUCUAAUAUUACUCAAGCUGGAAUAUCCAGCUGUUAAAUAUAUACUGGCUUAUAAUUCUCACGUUUAGAUCCAAUCACAGCUAUCUUUUUUUACAAUUUAAAUUAUACACGUGAUAUUAAUGUUUAUUUUAUCGUUUUCAAGUCGAUGCUUGAUUUAUAUUAUUGUAGAGUCCUUGAGAGAUAUCAUAUGUUGUUCGUUUGUGUAAUCGGUCGGAAAUUAUGUUACAUUAUUCAUACGUUCAUUCGAUGCAAUUAAAGUAUCCGUCAGCAAAUUUUCUGGAGCAAUUCUUUUCGGUUUAGGUAUAAAAUUCGCUUCAUUUCACAGUAAUCAUAUAUUUAAGGUAAUUCAUUUAGCUGAUUAUAUAACGAAAAAUCUUAUAAAUAUAGUCUUUGUAAGCUAUAUAAAUCAUGUGCAAUGUUGGAGCUACAUUUACGUGGUGUUUGUCGUCCAGUUUAUUUUCAAAUCUGACAACCAUACCUUCGUAAUUGACUAUAUAAUAAUAUAUAGUUGUUAAUUUUUGAGAGGUGAUAAAAUCAUGUAGAUAAAUUAUUA